AGGGGGGGGGGGUGUACUCUGAGGGUUUGUCGGAGGUCAGGAUGAGUUUGCCACUGCUGGAUUGCACCCCCAAAUGCCGCUCACAGCAGCAUGCAGACGAGGUGGUAGCGGCACUAACGGGCGGCUCAGAGGGGCAGCUGCGGGCAUUCUUGACAUCACACUGCCACAAUGCGGCCACCUUGCGAGAUGCCUUUGGUCGCACAGCCCUGCACCUGGCAUCCUCACUGGGAAAGAAGACCCUGCUGGAGUGGCUGCUGGAGAGUAAGAGUGCUGACCUGAUGGUGAAGGAUAAGGAGUCCAGCUGGACCGCUCUGCAUCGCAGCGCUUUCUACGGACAGAUCCACUGUCUCAUAUCGCUGGUCAAGCAUGGAGGACUACUUUCCACUCACGACAAGGAGGGUCUCUCUGUCCUGGACCUUACAAUGAAGGACAGACCAUCACAUGUUGUGUUCAGAAACACCGACCCAACUGAAGUAUACACAUGGGGAAACAAUACUAAUUUCAGUCUCGGGCAUGGUAAUCAGGAGAGCCGACAGCACCCUGAGCUUGUGGAUGUGUUUGCCAGGACGGGGGUUUACAUCAAGCAGGUGGUCCUGUGUAAGUUCCACUCUGUGUUCCUGUCUCAGAAAGGCCAGGUCUUCACCUGUGGGCAUGGCCUGGGAGGACGACUUGGUCAUGGAGAUGAACAAACUUAUCUGGUUCCCCGGAUGGUGGAGGGUCUAAUGUCCCAUCACUGCUCCCAGGUGGCAGCAGCUAAAGACCACACAGUGGUGCUGACAGAAGAAGGCUACGUGUACACUUUUGGCCUCAACACCUUCCACCAGUUAGGUCUGGCUCCUCCUCCUGCCUCAGCUUAUGUCCCUAAACAGGUGUUCUCCAAGACGCUGAAAGGCAGGACAGUGAUUGGAGUUGCAGCAGGGAGGUUCCACACAGUGCUGUGGACCAGGGAGGCUGUCUACACAAUGGGACUCAAUGGAGGCCAGCUGGGUUACUUGCUUGAUCCUAAUGGAGAGAAGUGUGUGACAGCCCCCCGGCAGGUAUCGGCCCUAUACCACAAGGAUGUCACCAUAGCUAUGGCAGCAGCUAGUGAUGGAGCAACAGUGGUUGUGACUGAGAAGGGGGACGUCUACCUGUUGGCUGACUACCAGUGCAAGAAAAUGGCUUCAAGGCAGUUGAACGUCAGGAAGGUUCUGGUCAGUGGUGGUAGUCUGGACCACCGUGUGGUUCCACAGCUCCUGAACGAGGGAGGAGGGGAAAAGGUGGCCAUCCUGGCAUUAGAUGAAGCUGGAAGGGUGUUCUGCUGGCGGUCCUCUGGAAGCUCGGUGAGACAGUGCCGGUGGGCGUAUGGGCGUCAGGUUUUCAUGUCGGACAUAGCUCUCAGCAAGAACGGCAUGAUGUUUGUGACUAAGGAGGGGGAGGGCUUCAGUGGCGUGUGGGCCGGAGAAUAUAAAAAGUACGGGGAGAGGAAAGAGGGCAGUGUGGAGGUUUGUGGCCAUUCGGAUGCGGGGACAGUGUAUGAGCGAAUCCGCCUGGAGAAACUCCCAUAUGUCCACAGAGCUGUCAGCAUCACCAUGGACUCUAAAGGCCGAAAUUUUGGAGUGCUUCAGUCCGACCCCAAAACAAGUUUGUAUGAGAUUCCCAGCAUUUUUCCAUCCUCCUUCUCCCAACACUUCCGGCGCCUUCUGGAUGAGGCGGACGAAACAGACAGCAUCCAUGAUGUGACCCUCCAGGCCGGUGAUCGCACCUUCCCUGCCCACAAGUACAUCUUGUCCAUGAGGUCCGAGUUCUUCCGGAAGCAGUUUAUGUCUGAGAAUGGCAAGGUUGAUGAGGAUCUUGAUGGAGAAGUGAGGAGGAGCGAAGAUGCUGUGGGCUGCGAUUUAAUCAUUUUGGAGAAGAUCCCACCAGACAUGCUGGAAUACGCCCUGCACUUCAUCUACACAGACUCCUGUGAGCUGCUGGUGCAUGGGGCCCGGCCGAGAGUCUCAGGGGCCUUGACUGGACAAAACCAGGACUCUGAGCAGGAGAGGCUUAUCAGCAGCCUGCAGGACUUGGGCCUGAGAGGCCGUUCAGCCCUCGAGGUGUACCACUCCCUUCCCCCUGCAACCAAAGGAGACGGUGACAAGGCCAAGAGCAAGUUUGCUAAGCCUGGCAAGAAGGGAAAAGGAGGCAGAGGUGACAAGGCCGGGGCCAACGAGGGAGGGGCCAACCCUGUGAAAACCUUACAAGGUGUUGCAAAAAAGCUGGGCCUGGGAAGCCUGUCUGCACGACUGGACGGAGUCAAAUAUGAAAAUGGAAAGAUCAAUGUUAUAAACAAGAAAACUGGCAACAAACCCAAAUUCUUCCAGAAAAAAUGCUCCUAUCUUUGUGAUGUUACUCUGAAAUCUGAAGAUGGGAAAGAGUUUCCAUGUCACAAAAGUGUCCUCUGUGCAAGACUAGAAUACUUCAGUAGUAUGCUUGGAAACCCCUGGAUCGAGGCCACAUCCUGUACUGCACUGGAGAUGCCUACCAGCUCAGAGAUUCUACAGGCCAUUCUCGAGUACAUUUACACAGACGAGUGUCCCACCAUCAAAGAGUCUUUGAAUGUAGAGUUUGUCUGCAACGUAUUGGUUGUGGCUGACCAGCUGCUCAUCACCAGACUGAAGGAGAUGUGCGAGGUUGUCAUCACCGAGAACUUGACUCUGAAGAAUGGUGCGGAGCUGCUGGAGUUUGCCACCAUGUACAACGCAGAGCAACUUAAACUCUCCUGUCUCCAGUUCAUUGUGCUCAACAUGGCUGCCCUGCUGGAGUCAAAGGCGCUGGAUAUUCUUAGUGAUGAAGUGCUUGUGGAGCUUUCUGCAGCCUACAGGAGGAUGAUCCCAGCCAUGCAGAAGAGGGUUAUCACUCCAUAUCCUGGCGCCCCAGACCUCAGUGUGUAUGAGGAUGAGGAUUUGGACUCAGCGUUUCGCCCCAAAUCAGAAGCAGAACUGGAUCACUCCUGCAGGGAAAUCCUGUUAAAGAAGGCCAAGAUGAAGGCUAAAAAGAAACCAAGGCGACGCUCUGACAGCUCAGGAGGCUACACUCUCUCUGAUAUCAUUCAAAGCCCCCCUGCUGCAGUGGUCUCCCCGUGCCUGGUAAAGUCAGGCAGGGCUAACUCAACAGAGUCACUGCAAGAACUGCUCACAUCCGACUCCGAGGGCAGCUACAUGGGAGUGGGUAGUCCCCGAGACAUGCAGUCACCUGUCUUCCACGACAGAGUCGAGGAUGAGAAGGCUUUCAGUCAGAGGCUAAAGACCCCACCCAGUACCCCGACCUCCCUGAAGGAUCUCCCAACUCCCCCCAACUCUGCUCCACAAAUCAUCCCCAAGAUCCUUCCCUGUGCUGCUCGUCCACCCCCAGUCUUGGAUCUGAGAACCAUCAUGGACAUGGAGGCCAACUCUCUGCAGACCCUCGGAGCAACUCCUAAAAGCCCUGGAAGUGUCAGCACCAGUAUUAAGCACUCCCCUGUUCCCACUAAACUGUCCCAGAAGCAGAGGAAGAUGUUGGCCAUGGCCAACAAAGAGGCCAGUAUGGAGUCCACUGCAUCCAAACCAACCCCCACAGUCACCCCAUCCAAAAGCAGUGGGAAGGCCUGGGCAACAGUGGUCCAGUCCCCACCCUCCUCAUGUUCCUUUCGAGCGCUGCUGGAAGAGGAGGAGAACUGCCUGAUCAGAAUGGGACAAACAGGAGCCCAGAGGGCCCUAGGGGCCCAGGUGUCGCCUGUCACCUCUACUUCUGCAACCAGGAGGGUCACGUUCAAAUGUGCCGAAAGCAGUGAGCCAGAGCGACCCACUGGUCCCUGGGUGCUAGGAGCAGUGGGCAGCCCUCCCCUCUCCUCCCUUGUGACCUUUGCCUCCAUCGUGGAGGAGGAGAAGGAGCAGGAAGCCGCGCUGAUACGCAGCCGCGAGAAGCCGCUGGCGCUCAUCCAGAUUGAAGAGCGGGCAAUCCAAGACCUUUUGUUCCAUUAUAAAGCACGCAACAAUCCCGAUGAGCUGAUAGUGGUGGAGAGGUCUUCCAGAGGUCCUAUGGCAGUCCCAACCUGGAACAAACACUGAUGUUUAGCAGCACAGCCGCUACAUACCGUCAAAGUGAGAACAUCCCCUGCAGUUGUCCCUCUGUAUUAUUGGCUGCGUCCCUGCUGCAGCUUCCAAGAAAUAUCCUGUGAUCUAUCAGUCCGUGUUGAGAUGCACCUCAGACUCAAGCCCGCUGUGGGAAGGGUUUGAUGCUAAUGUAUGCUCGUCUCUGCAGUGUUACUUCAAGUUUUAUUUUAUUGCUGCUCAACAUUUUGUUUUGUAUGAGUGAGAGGGAAUGAGUGUUCUUUCUGACUUUAUGCGCUCCUGUAGAGACGUUUUGGGUUGUGGGAUUACUCCUACUUGUUUGAUUUUUGUUUUCUUAUAGUGGGAUUAUAUUUUACUUGGCAAACCAAUGAUACGAAAAGUAAAAAAAACUCCCCAAUGAAUAUGUGAAGUUUAAGUUGCCAAAGAAAUGGAGAUGUUCAAGCCACAAAAUGGGUCCAAAUUGUGUCACCUUGAGGUGUGUGUGUGUGUGUGUGUGUGUGUGUGUGUGUGUGUGUGUGUGUGUGUGUGUGUGUGUGUGUGUGUGUGUGUGUGUGUGUGUGUGUGUGUGUGUGUGUUAAAUCAGUGGAAUCGCUUAAUGUGAUGGAGAAAGUAAGAGUGCCAAUUAUCAACUUUGGCAGAGCAUCAUUUGUACUUGAGCUGUUUACCAAGGCACUAUGUUUAGUUUAUUUUUAUGGUCCGUUCUUCUUCUUGAUACUUUGAUCAUUUUUGAUGGAUUGCUUCAGCUGUUUUGCACUGACAUGGUAAUCUUGCUGGACUCGGUAAAUAUGUGUAUUUUAAAUAUGACUGAAAUACAUUUUUCAUGUUUAAAAUAUAUUAUUAUUUGUUGCAGUUAUAGUAAAUGGUGAUUGUGUGGAGCUGGCAGUCACUAGUUAUCACUAGUGUGCUUCAGGGAAGGUGGUGUGCCUUUAUCAAAUAAUGACUACAGAUACAGCCGCUAAAAUAUAUUUUUUCCUCUGCAUUAUUUAGUUGUUUUACCCUCCAGCUUUUCUGCUGAAGCUAAUGUAAGCUUGGUAGGUACUUACUUUCUGAUCUUGACCAUGUAAUAUUGUCUUCAGAUGCCAUUUGUGUGUGGAGACAUCAGGAUGUGACUAGAAAAUGGCAUGUAAUAAAAUGUCUCACCUGUGCAAUGA